AUGAAUAACUCCGUUAUUAGAGAAGCUUUCCAGGUGCUAACAAACGAAGCCAAAGAUUUGUUCCUGCCCCCAAGCAUACCGGAAACGUUUGGAAUACCAUCAUCCAUUGAGUUCGUGCGUGAUUACGUAGCGAAAAACCUUCCCUUGAUAAUGCGGGAAGCCAUCACCGACUGGCCCGCGCUGGACAAAUGGAAUUCCAAGUACUUUCGAGAAACGCUUCCUGGAAAAGAGGUGACAGUGGCGAUCACACCCAACGGAUACGCGGAUGGUUUGGCAAUGCACGAGGAGGAAGAAUAUUUCGUUCUCCCGCUGGAGCAAACUAUGCGAAUGGACGAUUUUUUGACUUCCCUCGAUCGAAAGGAUCCAGGCGUUGUUCCUUACAUUCAGAGGCAAAAUUCCAACCUCACCGAAGAUUUCCAGGAGCUGUGGGCGGACGUAAUCGAAACAAGUCUCGAUUUCGCUUCCGAAGCAUUCAACAAAAAGCCAGACGCGAUCAAUUUCUGGAUGGGCGAUGAACGUGCAAUCACAUCCAUGCACAAAGAUCCGUAUGAGAAUAUCUAUUGCGUGGUGUCAGGCUACAAGGACUUUAUAUUGAUUCCUGCGAUUGAUUUGCACAAUGUGCCCCGGAAGCAGUACCCGAUGGGCAUUUACAUGCAGGAAGACGAUGACAAAAUCGUCAUCGAGCCCAUUCUCGAUGACAUCGGUAAACCCCGCCUCAUUGAAUGGGUCAGCGUGGAUCCGCUGCAACCAGAUUUCACGCGGUUUCCCUCCUACGCGGACGCAACAACGUAUGAAAUUCGGCUUAACGCCGGCGAUUUACUGUUUCUACCGAGCCUUUGGUAUCAUCACGUACGGCAAAGCCACAAGUGCAUCGCGGUUAACUUUUGGUACGACAUGGAAUAUGAUGCCCGUUACUGUUUCUACAAAAUGAUGGAGAAACUAUGCAAUUAUGGCCAAUAA